GUGUCCCCGGUGAAGAUCUGUGACUUUGACCUGGGCAGUGGCAUCAAACUGAACGGGGACUGCUCCCCCAUCUCCACCCCAGAGCUGCUCACUCCGUGCGGCUCGGCCGAGUACAUGGCCCCGGAGGUGGUGGAGGCCUUCAGCGAGGAGGCGUCCAUCUACGACAAGCGCUGCGACCUGUGGAGCCUGGGGGUGAUCCUGUACAUCAUGCUCAGCGGGUACCCCCCCUUCGUGGGCCACUGCGGCUCCGACUGCGGCUGGGACCGGGGCGAGGCGUGCCCCACCUGCCAGAACAUGCUGUUUGAGAGCAUCCAGGAGGGCAAAUACGAGUUCCCCGACAAGGACUGGGCGCACAUCUCCUUUGGGGCCAAAGACCUCAUCUCGAAGCUGCUGCUGCGGGAUGCCAAGAAGCGGCUCAGCGCCGCCCAGGUCCUGGAGCACCCCUGGGUGCAGGGGUGCGCCCCGGAUAACACCCUGCCGACCCCCAUCAUCCUGCAGAGGAACAGCAGUGCCAAAGAACUCACCUCCUUCGCCGCAGAGGCCAUGGCCGUCAACCGGCAGCUGACGCAGCGCGACGAGGACGAGGAGGAGGAAGAGGAGCGCCCCAUCAUCAUCAAAGCCGCCUCCAGGGCCGUGCAGCUCUCACCACCCUCUGAGUCCCAGCUGGCGCAGCGGCGGCAGAGGAGCAGCGCGGCCAAAGCGGUGGCUGCGGGGCAGCACCUGGUGGCCCCGCUGGUCCUGGUGGCCGACCAGGCCUGAGCCCCGUGCCGCUCCCCUUCCCGACCCCCCUCCCCUUCCUCUUCAGUUUU